ACUUCGCGUCCUCAGUCUUUGUUUUGGUACGCUACUCCCACCAUCACCUCUCCGCUGCGUAACUUUAUACGAUAUCAUAAUAUUCUCUCGUCGAGACGCCGUUAACAACACACCGAACGUUAUUACACACGUUGCGAGUUUCACCUCAGUAGCUGUGAAAAACACUGGCCGGCGAAAUAUGAAUAAUAAAAGCCCCGCUAACUCGAUUUUCGACGGUUUCAAAAAUAAUGCGAUGUCCAAGUUGGGCGUCACAAAACUGCUCUCGCAAAGUUUUUCGCCAAACUUCGGCGGCGGCUCGUCCUCCAAGCCCGGCCACGCGGCCAGCGCCGACGACGUGUCGGCGGCCGCGAGCAGCCACCACCACCACGGUGGGUCUUCGUCCGCGACCAGUGCCACCGAGCACUUGUUGCACAAGGACAUAGCGGCUGUGGCGCAGGGAGGAUGGAACGUGACCAAGUCACUGAUGAACGUCAAAGCAGAGGAAGACAACCACGAUCGCUGCCAAUCUCUGAUCGAGUUGAACAAAGAGCCGCCGGCCGUGCCGUCCGAGAAGGUCGGCCAAAUCAAUUUUGGACUCGAAUACGACUACCAGCAAAACACGUUGAUCCUGCGCAUAAUCGCGGCCAAAGACUUGCCGGCGAUGGACUUGAGCGGCACGUCCGAUCCGUACGUCCGGGUGACAUUGCUGCCGGACAAAAAGCAUCGACUGGACACGAAAGUGAAACGCCGGACCCUAAACCCGCGCUGGAACGAGACACUCUAUUUUCAGGGUUUCACAAUGCAAAAGCUGCACAAUCGGACUCUUCACUUGCACGUGUUCGAUUACGAUCGGUUCUCCAGAGACGAUUCCAUUGGCGAGACAUACAUCGAGUUGAACAACGUUGACUUUACGGCGAAACCGGUAUUUUGGAAGGAUCUCACGGCUCCGUUAAAGGACAAGUGCGGCCAUUUGUUGACUUCGUUGUCUUACAACCCGAUGACCAACAAUCUGACACUCGGCAUCAUUGAGGCCAGGAACCUCAAGGCUAUGGACAUAAACGGAAAAUCUGAUCCGUACGUGAAAGUGUGGCUGCACGUUGGCGACAAAAAGGUGGAGAAGCGCAAGAGCAUGGUGUUCAAAUGCAAUUUGAACCCGAUUUUUGACGAGAAAUUCGAGUACCAGUUGCCGGUGGAACAGCUUAGGGAAGCGGCUUUGGAGGUGAUGGUCAUGGACUUUGACAACAUUGGUCGCAACGAACUCAUCGGCAAGAUAACAAUAUCAUCCAACAAAAACGCGACUGGACAGCUGGAGGCUCAGCACUGGAAGGACAUGCUCAGCAAACCGAAGCAGAGCGUGGAAUAUUGGCACCGAUUGAAACCUGAAUAAUUUUAUUAUUAUCGAUAUUUAAAGACAUUAUUAUUAUUAUUAUUAUUAUUAUUAUUAUUAUUAUUAUUAUUAUUAUAAUUAAAAUUAUUAUUAUCAUUAUUAUUAUUUUUAUUAUUUUCAUUAUUAUUAUUACAACUAUAUAUUAUUAUUAUUAUUAUAAUAAGGCGAGUGUGUUAUGAAGUUUUCAUUCAAUUUUAUUUGUUUAUUUGUUUUUGUUUUGGUUUUUUUUUUUUUUGUGUUUUUUUUUUUUUUUAAAUAAUAUUAUAUUAUACCGUAUGAAUAAUGGAACAAAAAAUAAUAAUACAUAAUAUUUAUUACAACAAUAUUUUUCUGCAUUUGAUAAAGUUACAUAAUAAUAUAUGAAUUAUAUAAUAAUAUUAUUAACAAAUAUUUAAAAACUAGAUAAGGGAAAUCAUAUUAUAUUAUUUUUGUUUUCAACGAAUAUUAAUAUUAAUAACGGAAAUAAUAUAUAAUAUAUAGCGUUAUUCUUAAUUUAUAAGUGUGAAAAAAAAAAAAAAAAACAUAUAACAAUACAAAACAAAAACAUAAAACGACAAUGUACGACGAUGUAUACCUAGUAACGUUGUUGCAUACUGUCGCUAACCGACGAAGUUAGGUGAAAAUUGUUGAAGCACCAAAAAUGUAGUUUAGACGAAUAUUACAGUAAUCGGCGCGAGUAAUAUAAUAACUAUAAUUAUGAUGUUACUUUACCGGUUUAAAUAUAAUAUAUAUAUAUCUACAUAAUAAUAUAUACGUGUCCGCGUACGCAUAUAAAUAUAAUUAUAUAAUUAUAAUUAAAAGGGGUGAUUGUUCUUUUGGCAGUGAACACUCAUCAUUAUUUUGUAAAGUUUAACUUAAAGUUUUCCAAGAAAAAAAAAAAAUCUGUACCCGGGUACCUACGUCACGAUAAUAAACUAUUUCGGUCGAUUAAAAAGUCCACGUUUUUGGAAUACAAACGAAAAAAAAAUCAUAUAUUUUGUUUACUAUUUUUAUCGUUAUCGUUGUAAAAGUGUUACGCGUUUUUAAAUUAUGAUAACGUAGGUACAUGUUUUGCAGUUUCAUAUCGUUCUGAAGCAGAACAUUUUGCUGAGAAUUUCAGUACACGCAAAAUCGGAGUUUGUGUCAGAAAAAUAUUCUCCUUUGGCGUAUGAAAUCGAAAUGCUAACGACAAAAUAUGGUAAAAAAAUGUAUUAUUUCUUCAACGGGAACGCGUUGUUUCGCAGCAAAUUCGGAUGACGUAAAAAAAAAUUGUUUUCAAAACAUUAAUACUAUACCUAUUCGUGGUGACGAGUGUUAACCGUGCAAAUGAGAUCACCCAGCAUAAACCUAUAUAACUGUGUGUGUGUGUGUGUGCGUGUGAAAGACUACGUGUGUUUAACGUAUUUAUGUGUAAGUGUGUGUUUGUAUAUUAUCGUAGUGUUGAUUUUUAUUUUAACCUUAGUCUUUUUAAUACAUAAUACAUAUUAUUAUUAUUAUUAUUAUUAUUAUUAUUACUAAAAUUAUUAUUAUUAUUAAUUAAUAUUAAAAUUAUUAUUAUUAUUUUAAUUAUAAUAUUAUAUUAUUUUAAUUAUUAUUAUGAUUACGAUUAUGAUUAUUAUUAUUAUUAUUAUUAUAAUUACGAUUAUUAUUAUUAUUAUUAUUAUUAUUAUUAUUAUUAUUAUUAUUAUUAUUAAUAUUAUUAUUAUUACGAUGAUGAUUAUUAUUAUAAUAUUAUUAUUAUGGUUAUUAUUAUACAUUAACAUUAUUCUCAUCAGUCUUGUAUACACGAUUGAUGUUUUAUGACCACAUGCAUAAAUGUCGCCUGCCAAUAACAAUACGUGAUAUAUAGACUCGAAAAAAAAAAUGUUUGGAUUGUUCAUUAUUUA